AGACCUAACCCGCCCUAAGCUCCGAGGUGCUAGGUGGGUAUGGUGGAGGGUGGAACACCCUGCCUCGCCCUAGGAGACCCAGCACUGGCCAUAGGUCCAGCACACCUGGUCGGCACAGUCCGCGAAGGUCUCCGGCCCGCACUAGUUUGGUCCCGGGGCCGUAUCGUAGCCGCUGUCGCGCGUCCGCAGAACCGCCUCAUUAUGGCUGCUGGCGGUGGCGCAGCCUACAGCGAGGGGCUGAGCUACGCCGAAUACCUGCCUCCCUCCGCCCAGAGGCCAGAUGCCGACAUCAACCACGCCGCGGGAAGGAGGCUGAUAGCUGUAGGACUGGGUGUUGCAGCUCUUGCAUUUGCAGGUCGCUAUGCAUUUCAGAUCUGGAAACCCCUAGAACAAGUCAUCACAGAAACAGCAAGGAAGAUUUCGUCUCCUAGCCUUUCAUCCUACUACAAAGGAGGAUUUGAACAGAAAAUGAGUAGGCGAGAAGCUAGUCUUAUUUUAGGUGUAAGCUCAUCUGCUGGCAAGGCCAAGAUUAGGACAGCACACAAGAGAAUUAUGAUUUUGAACCACCCAGAUAAAGGUGGAUCUCCUUACUUAGCAUCCAAAAUAAAUGAAGCAAAAGACUUGCUAGAAGCAACCACCAAACAUUAAUUGGUGCUCAAGGAAUACACUAAAGAAAAAGAAAUGCAAGACUUUAAAAGCCCUGCAAAUUAGUGUGAACUAUGGUCUGAAGUUUCAUAUUGACCAAAUCCUUUCUUUCAUCAUUAAACUAUGCAACAAUAAAAGAUGAA